CUCACGGCAGUUGUAGACAACAGUACAAUAUCCAACCGAAUAUGGACUACGUCGGUCGUCGUUCGUUACUCUUCUUCGCUAUUAGAUUCGUUUGAAUAAUUUACGUGUUACCUAUAGAGAAUUUUUUUAACGCAAUAAAAAUAACUAAAGUUGGGGUAUAAUACAACUGAUCUCUUUAACAAAUAAAAAUUACUCCAAAUAAUAAACUUUUUUUAUUACUUUUAAUUAAAUAGGUAACAAUACAUUUAAAAGACCACGUGGUAACAUGGAUGACCUUGCUAUCCAGUUAAAUCAUCGGAAGGAACCAGUGAUUAUUUUAACUGAUGAUAACGACGUAUUGGAAGAUACAACGUUGUGCCCUUCAUCAACAAAAACCUAUCCGUUUGCUAUGGUUCUCCGACUUCGAGUGCUGCAAAUCGUUUGUGGCAUUACAGGACUCGUGAUGGGUAUGGUAGCAAUAAUAGAAGAAAAAGGAAAAAUGAACUUGGGCUUAGCAAUACCAGCUGGUAUACUUACAGUUAUGGCUGCAGGUGGCAGUAUUUAUACCAGUCAUGGUUUCAGUGGUUUUCGGUCGGUCCAGUGCGAUCCUCGGCUACAACCAUUUCGAUUUCUAGGACCAACAGUCCGAUCAGCCAUAACACUAACCUCCCUAUGGUUGGCUGCGUGUUUGCUACAUACUAUGCUUUUAUUCGUAUCUGCCAAGUCACUAUUCCACAGCGGCCAGAUUGCCAUGUUAGCCGCAAUACUGAUGUCAUUGACGUUACUCACUUUGAUAGCUACUGCUGCCCUCGUACGCAUCGACUGCAAGUACGACCCAGAUUGACCCGGACCCGAGGCCCACGGAGGACCGAUGGCCUCGGUAAGCGUGAUUGGACCAAGUCAUUUAUCAGCGGAGAGAUCCACCAAAGUGGCAUGGGUUAUCUGAACUCUAAUUUGUAUCAUUAUCCAAAAUGCGAAUUUUGUAUAAAUUGUAUUUUGUAACUUAAAUUUUAACACAUAAAUUUGAACUAUAGUCAAAAUCAACAAUAUUUUCCAUAAAUAGAUUUCUAAAAAAAAACAGAGUGUCUACUCAAAGAUUUUCUAAUCAGAGAAAAGUAAUACUAAUUCAUAGAAAUUUUCAAUAACUUCAUCUAUAUAGUUCAAACAUAUCUAAAUAUUGAAGUUAUUAGUUAAUUUGCGCAAGACUUCAUCUGGAAAAUUUAAUGGGUUAAAUAACUAUGAAAUGUAUACAUAAAAUUUUUUAUUUCUAUAUUAUUAUUUGAUCGUUCUUUUUGUAUAUACAUUUUUCAAGCUCCUUCCGACUGUUUUGACCAGAUACAGACUUAAUUCAAUGUUAUUUAUGAUAAUUAACAAUUUAUUAAUCAUAAUAAUAAUAAUUUUACAAGUGAAAAACCUGACAAUAAGUUAAAUUUCGAUACGAGUUAUUUGAUUUUGUAAAUUCUUGUAAGACACCCAGUUAACAAUCCAUAGAUCUGAAUUAUUAUCAUCGUACAAGUAUAAUAUGCAAGCACAGUAUAAUGUAAGCCUCAUAAAUAACCCAAAAUUUGGCAUACGUGCUGUUAUAUAAAUCAUAAUUAUGUUCAACAUUCCCAAUGCUGUAUUUUUCGAUUAUAUAGUUGCUGUAAUAUUUUUGUAAAGGUCAAAUGUCGAAAAUAUUCGGAACAAUAACCUAGAGAAUGGCUAAUAACCAAUAAAAAAUAUUUUAAUUUUAGAAAUAUUCAAAUAUAAUAUGUAAAAAUAAAUUGAAAUAUUUUUUAUCAUUUAAGAAGUAUUACCUCAAAAACUUAUCAAAUGAGAAUGUAAUUAAAUCUCGAGGGUUAUUGGAUUGUAAUCAUUGUAGCACACUAAGAAAUUUUGAAAAUUCUAAAUUCAAUUGUUUUAUGUUGUAUGUUAAUAAUAAAACAUUUAUAAAAAUAAAGUAAUAUGGUAUUUGUCUUUCCUUAUAUAUCUAUCACUAGAUAUUUCUUAUAAACGGUUGAUGCGUUUUUAGGUAUUUAUUUUUGUAUUUGUAUUCACAGAAAAACUUAUCAA